GAUUGCAUCGAGUGAGGUUGGGCACGGAGUCAUAUACGUUGAUGUUCCUGCGAAUUUUGAGAAAUUUGCUGAGGAGUUUGUUUGCAAGAGCUAUUAAUUUCACAUUUGAGGAACGUAUCUCUUUUACAGCACAGUUAAUGAAGAAAAUCUUGGGAUCUACCAAUAAUAAACUUAAUUAUCCUGAGUGGGUAAGAGCUAUGGAUGCUUUUAAACGUGCCUCUGUAGUGUACAAAGCAAAGAAUGGUAAACCACCGGUUAUCGUUUACGAUAAUAUUAGCCGAUUGGUUCACAAAAAUCCGGAAAUCCUCGACAUCCUUCAAGAUGAUGCCAAGGAUAAUGCCGAUGACAGCAAGUACAUCGCUGUAUUUGUCAGCAGUGAAGGUUCGGUGCCUAGAAGAAUGGUAUCACGUAGUGCCUGGUCACGAGCAGAUAAACCGGUGAUAGAAAUUGGCGAUCUCGGUGAAAAGGAAUCAAUAGAUUAUCUGGUCAACAAGCGCAAGAUCAACUCUGUAGAUGCAAAAAAAUUAUAUGAAUUAGUUGGUGGGCGCAUUGUAGAUCUAAAGUCUGUGGCGGGCAAAUUUCUAGCUGGACAAUCUCUCGAAAUCAUUAAACAGCAAAUAUUAACUGAAGUCAAGAAGAAAUUUGAUUCAGCAAACCUCCUUCGAAAUCAAUCGCAUCACGAGGCAGGAAAGGGUGUAAUUAGUGCUUUGUUGGAUUCCAAAGAGAUUGAUACUGAUGUAUUUAGAGAAUUUUUCAAGGGUGAGAAAUACAAUGAAGUUUUAGAAGCUAACGUGUUUGCAUAUCAUCCAUCAAGAGAUACCAUAACUUUUCAGUCUCGCUCAGUAGAAUACUAUAUUCAGGAAAAUGCUAAACACGCUCUCUCUAUCAUAAUCCUGUCAAAAAUAAUCUUAAAUUGGUUCCAGAUUUCUGAAGUUAUAUCUGAAAAUGAUCGUUGGCUCGAAUCAGAAGAAGCUUCGGGAGAAAUGGCACUUCGUUUGAAGGUUGCGUUCAAUUUCAUCAAGUCUGGCAUCAUGAUUGGCAAGCUCGGUGGUGAGUCGGGCAUCACGAUUGGCAAGAAUUUCACUAAAUGUCGUAUCACGUGCAGAAGGGUCGGAAUUAUGCUUGAUGUCGAUGCCUUGCUUGGUGAUGCCUGGCGAAGUCCAAAAAUGGAGCGAUUCCCGAAACAGCAAGCGAUGUCAUCUAUAAACUUGGACGGUAAAGGACCAGAAAUUGCCAGAACUUUUUAUGUGUCAGAGACACUAGCUCCGCUAUUGCAACGCAAUGGGCAACGUCCUACACUUUACGUAGGUGAAAUGUGUUAA